AUGGCUCACGCGAGGAAAAGACAGCGCCUUGAAGAAUUCGACCUAGACGGGCUCAUUGUCUGCGAACUUGAUAAUGGUCUUGGCGACGAACUCAACGAUGAUAAUUUCUGGAUGGCCGGCACUAUGACAAGUAACGUGCAAGGGCCCAGAGUUGGUGGCUACCGCAUCACAGGUCAGCUCGACAACCGUGAGUCAUCCAACAUGGAAGCGUUGAGAGGAGGCUCCUACAGCAUGACUGAUAUUGCCAUCAACGACAACCAUCACCGGCAACUGGCAGAACCAUUUGCCUAUGUAGGCACGGGAUCUGCUGGCAAGGCUGAUGAUGGCAUAGUCGUGGCUUCCAACCAAUCCGUGCUUCCACUCGUCCGCAGCACUCGCCACGCUAACCGGCUGCUUGGUCCAGACUCAGAACGCGAUGAUUCGGCCACAUUUGCAGAACUCGCUCGCUUGAGCAGCCAGGACAGCAUCGCAGAACUCAAGCGCGCCAUCGAGGCGAAGGACGAGGCCAUCAAGGACCACCGCGCAGCCAUAGACAAGCUCACUGCCGAGCGCAACGCGAUGGACAAGGCCAUGAAGGACAUCACAAAGCUGGAGCAGGAGGCUACAAAGAUAUUGGAGAGCGUUGGAGAUGUGAUGGACAGCAGCAACGAACCCCAAGCGGCAAACAAGUAA